UCCAUCUCACAGAGAUCCACCUGCCUCUGCCUCCCGAGUGUGUGUGCCACCACCGCCUGUCUAAAUAUAGUUUUUAAAAAUCAUACACAAGGACCCGCUGCCCCUCACUGGGAAGGACUGACAAGUCGGCAUGGGUGUCCUGAGCGCCAGGACUGUCCUGAGCGCCACGCCAUGUCAGGUUCUUGGAGCGUCUCUGCCAUGAAGGAGGUGGUUCAGCAACUUGGGCUGGAAGCCGGGUUCAACUGUGUGAAGGUUUCCCCGGCAGCUGCAUACUUGAAACAGUUCUGUCUGCAGAAUGUUCAACAUGACCCUCUCCUGACCAGAGUGUCAUCAAGUACAAAUCCCUUCAGACCCCAGAAAGUCUGCUCCUUUUUAUAGUCAAGUAUCUUAAGGUUUCUCAAACCGCUUUUCAUGAACCAGUGACUGUUCAAGAGGAGUACAUCUGAAGUCUAUACAAAAGCCUGUAACACGUGCCAUAACACACAAUCUUCUGCUUGUCACUUCUUAACAUAUACCUCUCUGAAUCUUCAUGGAUUUCUGUCUCACAAGGUUGAACUAUUUUAUAUACGCUAGCUGUAGCAUACUAUAAAACAGCAUACAAAAAAUGAUACACAAAAAAGUUUCAUAGAAGGAUAUUCCAGCAUCUUCUGUUCUGCUCUGUUAGGUUAUUAAAAUACUUGUUCACAGAUUUCUCUGCACUAUCGAAUUUUGACCUACAUCAUGAAAGACAUUUGACUUUUAUUGUAUUUUAAAUUUAAAGUAUCUUCAGUUUAAACAUUUUUUGAAAGUGUUUUAAUCAUAUACAAGACUAGUCUUCAUGGCAAUAGGGCUAAAAAUGUCCUUGCAACCCUAGAGAUCUGUUUUGUUUUGAGACUGGGUCUCUCUAGCUCUUGUUGACCUGGGAAACUAUGUAGAUCAGGUUGACCUCAAACUCAACAGAGUUCCCCCUGCUUCUGCCUCCUGAGUGCUUUGAAUAGAGUCAGCACCACACUCAGUUCCUUAGAGGCCUUAAUGCCGCUCCAAAAAUCCAGUUUCCCUACAGAUGAUGGUAAGCUCUGUGGGUGCCUUGUAUGGCACAGCAAAGGUAUGAACAACAAUGUCAUCAAGUAACAGUGUCGGCCUUGGUUCUGUGUUACUCAGAGAGAAGUCUUGAGGAGCAUCCUCUAUUCUCCACAGGUCGUCAAACCAAAAGGUGACUAAGAGAGAAGACAGUUGAAGGACUGUUUUUAUCCUUAGGGAAUCCUAACCACAUUGCUGUACGUUCUGGGCACAGAAUUGUAGGUUAUGCCACCUUCGUUGAGACAAUUAGGGCAUUUGUGGUAUGCUUAGCUUCUGUAAACAAAAAAGGGCAAAAGGAGAUGGAAACCAGCAUGUGGAAUCAUUGGUUCAGAAGUAAACUCUGGUAUUCAGGGGUGGGUGGGUGUGUGUGUGUGUGUGUGUGUGUGUGUGUGUGUGUGUGUGUGGUGUGUGUGUGUGUGUGUGUGUAUUCUCUUAGACAUGGUAACAGACCUGUGCUCCGGGUUUUUUCGAGACAGGGUUUCUCUGUGGCUUUGGAGGGUUGUUCUGGAACUAGCUCUUGUAGAUCAGGCUGGUCUUGAACUCACAGAGAUUCAUCCCCCUGCCUCUGCCUCAUGAGUGCUGGGAUUAAAGGUGUGCGCCACCAAUGCCAGGCAGACCUGUGCUCCUUACAGGGCACCCAGAUCCUAGGGUUGAGAAUUAAAUACAUCGGUG